AUGGCCAUUCAGCUGCCUCAAGAAGAGCUAGGCACAGCUAUAGGAGUACUUUCUUACUCCUUGUUCUGCCUAGCAUGCAGUGUUCUCAUGGCAUGGCUGGUGUAUGCCCAUCGUGAAGGCCUUAGCUAUGUCGCCCUGGUAUCAUACUUCACUGGUUUGUCGACGGCUGCUUCUGUAGCCCAGCAAAUUCACACAAUUGUACGAUGGAGAGACAUCAAGCUUGCACAAUUCAAGCAUUCAAACGCCAACGUCGGCAAUCCUGAGCUUGCCAUCGCCGGCCAGUCAACUGGCCUGGACCUGGUACUUUUCUAUAUCCAGUUUUACAGUUACAACGUCGAAGCGGCCCUGACCUUUUUUUGGGCAGUUGCUCUCACGCAAUCGAUCUUCCAAUUGGAGCCCGUAAAGUCGACUCGCAAACGAGUAAACUACUUCGAAAAAGCCAUUGCUAUCUUGUUACCCGCGAUCUUGAUGGGAAUUCUACGACUCGAGGCUGUCCAGAAGCAGACAGUACCCUUUCUAGUGUUGGCUGAUGGCAUCAUGGGUUUCUGUCUGAGCGGCAGCGGAGUUCUCCUCAUGGUUAUCUUGGUCAAAUACAUCCACACGCGCCGAAACCUUCUUUCUUGGAAUGUCCAAUAUGGUCAACGCUCCAACAGCACGAAAAGCAGCGACACGCUCGUCUUCGACAGCGGAAGCGAAACGCGCCGCCGAAGUAUCUACGAUCGAUGGCUUGUUGUACGAUUCAGCAUAGCUUUCGUUGCGUUAGCCAUCUUUCAGGUGGUGACCAUUAUGUUUCAAGUUUCAUCCGCAAAACAAAAUUCUCGCGACUCGUUGAGCGAGAGCCCGGACCUCAGCACGGAACGACUGCAUCUGGACCUCAUACUUUUUCUGCCCGGCGUGUCCGCUAGCCUGCUGACGUUUGUCGUUUUUGGCACGACCAAGACGUUUCGAGAUUACCUGGUGGCACGGCUCGUUCCGAGGCGGCUCCGCGAGAGGAAUAGUAGGAGGAUGAGCAACAAUCAGCAGCGACGCAACACCCGCACCCGGAUGUCACAAGCGUUUUCUUCUUCGAGGAUGGGGGGAAGGGGCAGGAGCUUGACGUAUCCGCCGCGGAUCUCCCUGACGCCCUACGUCGCGGAUGACGCCGGCUUGUACACGCCCACGGCUGACGGGAACGGGAUUCAGCUGAGGGAGCUGAAUAUGGACGGGUCGAGAAAGGUCGCCGAGGACGACCAGUGGCCGCUCGUUGGUUCUGAUGCGUCUGAUACGUCCGAGGGGCCUGCGAAACCUGUAAAUGUAUAUUUGUACCCGAAGCAAUAG